AUGCUCAUCACGCUGUGCUACCUGUACCUGUGGGCGCGCUGGGGGCGCCGGCCGGCCGAGCUGGUGCGCGCCACGGUGCGGCGGCUGCGCGCCUCGCGCUGCUCCUUCACCUUCUGCGGCGCCGCCGCGCAGCCCCGCGACGCCCGCGUGUGCCUGAGGCGCGGCGGCCGCGUCUUCUGCGUCGCCGAGGGCCAGUCGGUGGAGGACUUGAACACAUGGGCCCUGCUUAUCGUCUCUCCCUUUCUCCUCGAGUCAGAGCACGUAGCGUUUGUGACCGAGAGCAUCAGCGUGCAGAGGCCGCCUUCCUCGGCAGAAACAGUUGUCAGGUGGUCGGAUUGCUGCUUGCCCCUGGCCUGCCGCCCCGGAGAGCCUUACCAGCUCAUGGCUGAAGCGAGCGUGGACAACUUCAGCAAGCUGGGCGUGGCGUUCAUGGAAGAUCGGCUGCAGAUGGACGACGGCCUGGUGCCCCAGAAGAUCGUCUCUGUGCACUUGAGAGACUCCACACUGAAGGAACUCAAGGACAACGCCUUCAAUGAAGAGGCCCAGCUGCUGCAGCCAAGCCCCGAACCCUCUCCCGAGAUGGAGCCCGCGGAGGGAGUGACAGAGCCCACUGGCAACAAGGACUCGAGUGAGAGCUUCCCUGCACAGAGGAGGAACAGCACCCCCAGGAGUGAGCCUGCCUCGGGGGAGAGCGAGGCAGCGGGGGGCUGCACCCAUCACUGUCACCUCCACCUGUCUAGCUGCCACGAGUGCUUGGAGCUGGAGAGCAGCACCAUCGAGUCCAUCAAGUUUGCCUCCUCAGAGGACAUUCCGGACCUUCCCUACGAUGCCAGCAGCAGUGCUGAGGGCGCCACUGCUGAGCCCUCCACUGCAAAGGCAGGCAGGAGGGUCAACGUGACGGGGAAGGCCCCCAACAUCCUUCUCUACGUGGGCUCUGACUCCCAGGAGGCCCUCAGUCGGCUGCAGCAGGUGCGCUGCGUGCUGGCUGACUGCGUGGACCCCGACAGCUACACGCUGUACCAUCUGUUAGAGGAGAGUGCCCGCAGGGACCCAUGGCUGGAUAACUGUGUCUUGUUGGUCGUGGCCACACAGGAGGCCAUCCCCCAGGACCUGUCCCAGAAGUUCCUGGCCUAUCUUUCCCAGGGAGGGAAGGUGCUGGGUCUGUGUUCCACCUUCACGCUUGGUGGUUUGGAGGUGACCAGCAAGGGCACGCCGCGGGGGACGGUGCAGAAGCUGGUAUUCUCCAAGGCCGAUGGCAGCCAGGUGCGGCUCAGCGUCCUGAGCAGUGGCCAUGUGUAUGAGGUCCAUGCCGAGGAGCGGCUGAGCCCUGGCCUGCUCCGGGGCCACCUGCAGGAUGCAGAUGAGGACCGCUUGAUCGUGCAAGUGCCUUUUGGAACCUGCGGAGGAGAAGCGGUUCUUUGUCAGGUGCACUUAGAACUGCCCCCAAGCUCUUCCUUGGUGCAAACUCCAGAAGAUUUCAAUGUGCUCAAGUCAAGCAACAGUUCACGGUACGAAGUCCUGAGAGAGAUUCUGACGACCCUGGGCCUCAGCUGUGACGGGAAGCAAGCACCUGCCUUAACUCCUGCGUACCUUCUGCCCGCUGCCCAGGAAAUCCGGGCUCCUCUGAUGAAGUGGCUCGAGCGGUGCGUGGAUCCUGACGGAGUAAUCAAGUCCAGCAAGGUCUCCCUUAAGUUCGUUUCAUCCUGUGCACCUGACAUGGAGAUAUCCCCAUCUUCCAUACCCGUGGUCACUGACGCGGAGGCCUUCUCGUCAGAACAUUUUGACCUGGAAGUCUACCGGGAACACCUGCAGACUCGGCAGCUCGGAAGGACGGUGCUGUUCGCCGAAGUGACCCCGACGACCAUGAGCCUGCUGGACGGGUUGAUGUUCGCGAUGCCCCAGGAGCUGGGUUUAAUAGCCAUCGCAGCCCGGCAAACCCAGGGCAGAGGGCGGGGACAGAAUGCCUGGCUGAGCCCGGUGGGGUGCGCCCUCUGCACGCUGCUGCUCUCCAUCCCGCUGAGGUCCCUGCUGGGCCAGAGGAUCCCGUUCGUGCAGCACCUGAUGUCGCUGGCUGUGGUGGAGGCCGUCAGGACCAUGCCCGAGUACCAGGAUAUCAACCUGCGAGUGAAGUGGCCCAACGACAUUUACUACAGUGACCUCAUGAAGAUCGGCGGAGUUCUGGUUAACUCAGUGCUCCUGGGAGAAACGUUCUAUAUCCUCAUUGGCUGUGGGUUUAAUGUCACGAACAGCAACCCCACCAUAUGCAUCAACGACCUCGUGGCCGAGUACAACAGGCAGCACCAGGCAGCGCUGAAGCCCUUACGAGCCGACGUGCUCAUCGCCAGAGCCGUGACGGCGCUGGAGACGCUGGUGGACACGUUCCAGGCCCAGGGGCCCGGCGGCGUGCUUCCUGUCUAUUACAAAUACUGGGUGCACAGUGGCCAGCAGGUGCGUCUUGGAAGCGCCGAGGGACCUGAGGUUUCCAUCGUGGGCCUGGAUGACUCUGGCUUCCUCCAGGUGCUCAGGGAGGACGGAGAGGUGGUGACUGUGCACCCCGACGGCAACUCCUUUGACAUGCUGCGGAACCUCCUCGUGCCCAAAGGCCAGUAGCCAUGGGGACUGGAGCCCCAUCGUCCCCAGCGCUGGCCGCGCGGACCAGGCAUCCUCCCUCACUGGUGCAUGAGCCGAGAAGCUCCAACACAACGCAAGUGUGCUGCUCGCCUCAGUGAACCCGGAAAGCUAAUUCGGAUGGAUUUGUUUACUUUAGUUUUGUUUUUAACCCUCCAAUUUCUUUGUGGACUCCGGAGCUUUUUUUUUCUUUUUACUCUUAUGUGUCCUUCGGAUUGUUGUGAGUUGCCAUCGGUGUGGAUGUUUGCAGAUGCUUGCAGAUGUAGAGUUGACAAAUGAAGAUCCCACGUGGGUGGAGACCCCCCAACUUUCCCAGCCCAAGCCUGUGCUUAGGGUCGGACAGGGGUUUCCCAGGAGUGGAGACUGACUGCUACAUCACUAAGAAAUAGUCACGAAACCGCUCAUGGGUGCAGACCACUGGUGAGAGAGGGGUGGAGGCUCCCUGUGGUUCAGCUUCUAGAGACAGGCUACUGUCCUAACGCACAUGUAGGGAUGCGUAAUGGGUGUUACUGUGGCAAGCAGGGGAAGCAAGAGGCCAGGCCUCUAGGACCUCCCCUCUGCCCAACACUGCAGUCCCUGGACACCUGCAGUGAGCAACCAUGGCAGUGACCGUGCAGAGGAACUCAGCUGACCUCUCAGGCCCUAUGCUGUGAGUGCUGCUUGGCCAAUGUGCACAUUCACUGUGUGUUCCGUAGCACUGGACUCAGGGGCAUGGGCCUGAGUGCACUAACGGGGCGCCAUGUGCCCGGUCAGAGGUGGGGGCCAUGCUGGCGAAGGCUGGCUCUCCUGUCCACACACUGGGCUGCUGGGAGCUUCCAGGUUCACGCUCCCUCCAACACGUGGGGCUUCCCAGCCAGGCGGUCCAACACCCAAAAGGUUUAACACCCAGAAGGUGCGAUCCUUAGCAUUUGAUUUGCAAGCAUUUUUUUUUUUUUGCCUUGCUUUUCCCUACACGGCAAAGAAAGAAAAAUGAUGUUUGCACCAAACAUCUUCUGUGUGGAGGAGGGUUGUGUGUGUAAACUCCUCUGUGUAUGCGUGUGUGUGUAGCUUUAAGCGAUGACGUUCAAAUUCUGAUGCUCUACAAGUCUCCCUGGCAGAACAAAGGAAGCAAGCCUUUGAUAACCAUUUGCAGUUUCCAGAUGUUCCCCACGUUUCCUCCACGCAGCUCCUAUCUCCGUUGAACUUGAGAGUCGGCCCGUUACUUUGCAGCCUUAAAAGGCCAGUUUUUUUGUUUUUUGUUUGUCUGUUUUGUCCACUCCCCUGCCUUCCUGCCAACCCCAAUCCUGAAGUGAGUGCAAAGAAAGCUUGACAGAGGCACGCUCAGCUUUGAACAAAAUCCCCUCAUUGUAAACCAGCACCAUCUUUAUCCGGGUCUUAGCCAGCCUGGCCGGUUCCAGAAACUUGUGGUUUGCAAUAUAAAAUCUGUCUACCUUCCACCAGCCCCAUAGGAAGGAAGGAAAAAACACAGCAUAAGAGGUACACCAAACCAACCUGCAUUCCUUGGAAAUGUAUCUUCAGAAGCACUUCAGCAAGUAGGACUUCGGUCGGAAUAUUUCUCCCCCCAAAAUGAAAGUCAGUCACUCUCUCCUAAACACCCUCUUUCAGAAUGAGGACCAAGUUUAAAUAAAAGUCCCCCGACAAAAGAAAUGGCGCCAGGGGCUCACCCAGAGAGGGCGGCUGUGGGACACCACAGGGGCCGAGAUCUCCAGGCUAAGGGCGUGGGUUUCGGUCCUCAGACUGUCACAACACGAGGCGAGUCAUCCCUGGGAGCUGCCACCGUGACUUGAGUUUGUGCGGGAGAAGGAUUCAUUGAGAACCAUGCGUGGCUUUGCUUUUAAGCUCAAGUUCUAUUCUGGACAGUUCUGCUUGAUGGAGGGGAAAUGUUAUCAUUUCAUUUCCUUUUUGUCAGUGAAGACUAAUGAAGUGCAGCGGCAUCGGGACACAGGCACUGCGCCAGGCCUCUGCGGGGUGGCAGGGCACCCCCGACGCGCAGGGGACAGAGCAGAAGCAGAUGUCCUGGUGCCCACGAACCAGACCCUGGGCAUCCUGCUCUGCUGGGACCGACUGAAGCCAGGCCCUUUCCUGACCACUUGGGGAAACUCACCUACCUGCUACCCACCCCCAACACUGCCCCACCACCACCACUGCAACUGAAGGCGGGGAUGCCCCCACCAAGUCCCUGCCAUCUGGGGUCUUAUGGAGCUUGAAUGUCUUAACAAAAACCCGGAGCAUUCCAAUUCUCUGAAAUGUGACCGCUUCUCUGGGGACCUGUGUAGCCAUCCAAAACCCUGGCUGGAAGUGGCAUGCUGCCAUCUGCCCCCACCGCCAAGCUCUGUAAAAGAGAAGGUGCCUUUCCUUGCUGGGCUGGGGCUGGCUCGCUCCAGGGGGGAACUCAUAGAAAGUGCCCCCCUCCUCACUGGCCACAGUGACAGUGGGGCACUUCUGAAGCAGUUUUAGGGGUCUGCCAUGGGGCACGGUAAGGGGAUGAAGUAAGGAUUUGUAUCUUCUGCAACCCUCGUGGUGGGUUUUUCACGCAGCACCUGCAUUUAGGGACACAGGCGCAGAUGAGGGUGGAGGCUCCAGGAAGGGAUGGGAGAAUCAUUCCUUGCCCCCAUGGACACCCCCAACCCUAGUGGGGUACAUGGAAUGCAAAGGUGUGUACACGCCCCUCUGUCUGGGAGUUGUAACUCCCAGUGGUUACUAUGCAGUUUGAAAUACCAGGAAGUGUAACCCUUUUUACAUGAUCAGUUUUUUUUUUUUUUCUAAAAAGUCAUCUUGGGAUGGAGGAGGGGAAACUCACUUUGAACCAAUGCCUUUAAAAAAGCAAGUCAGCUGAAUAAACUUGACCAUGUUCUCCGGCGUGAGCUCCUUGGUGGAUGAACCACGAGUGUCACUGGUGAAAAACAUGCGACUCACGGUUCGGGGUUACAGCAUUUUUUAAUUCAUAUUUAAACAUAUUUUUACAAAAUAAAUAUUGUCUUACAUAGUCAGGAAUACGUAUUUCUGAGUACUGAAGAGCUGGUGUUUAUCUUUGAUGUACUUUCAACAAAGGUAGUAAGCAUCUUACAAAAGAGAAAUUGUAUUACUCCAAAGGAUGGAAAAUUAGCAAAAAGCUUUUAAAAAAUUCCUUUUCAAGGAGGUCAAAAAUAAAUUUGAUCUAAUAGCCUUGAGAUUCUGUUCUUUUACGGUGUUUGAGUUUGUGGAAACUUUUUUCUUUCUCCCAAAAAGCGUGUUGUAAGUUGGGGUAGAGCUGGGAGAAGGCAUUCUGGAUAAACCCU